GCGGGCUGGUCUCGAGCAUUCCAUUUCAACGAUAAAAGUGUUCGUAACAUCAUGCCAUUUACCGUCAAGCUUGUCCCUCCGAAAUCAACGUUGUUGGCAGGAAUACCAUUUUUUCCCGUUACAAACAGUGUGUCUAUAGUGUUGAUAUCUCUUGUACAAUCAUCAUUUUUUAUUAAGUUGUUGGGACUGUAUGUAUUUGUUCUGUAAUUUGUUGUUUGUCGGUCGAUGAUCCACUGUUGUCUUUCAUUUACUUGGAUCCCGCCACACGGUUGACAUCUCCAUCGCCGUAAACUCAUUUCAGAUAUUUGCAUUGACAGUCUUCGAUAUGAAUCCCAGCUCAAGCAAAAAACUGAUCGGUUCAAAUGCAGAACAUGAAAAUUCCAAGCCUAACAAUAAACAAGCAGAAAAAAUUGUAGGAGUUACUGAUUGCCCGUUGACAUUUUUAGUGAAGUUUAAAGGAAUUGAUGAAGCCGAGUUGAUACCAGCUAAAGAGGCUAAUAAAAAAUUCCCACAAAUCGUUCUCGAUUUCUAUUUAUCAUUACCAAUAGAGUGGGUUUAGAUAAAUUAAAUGGCGUUUAAUAACUAUUAUAAUACAGAUAAGGAUGACAAGUGUUCAAAAAGGGACUUUUAUUUUAUAUCAUAUCUUAUUGUAAAUGUCUUCAAUUAUUUAAUUUUAUUAUAUGUAGUAGGUAUGCCUUACAGAUAAAUUUAUUAGUUCAUCAAUUAUUAAAUAUUUAAAUGUUAGUAAUUAAAUACUUUCAUAAAAUAGCAAUUUUUUUUUAUUACAGUAUAAUAAUAGUGUUCUCUUAAAAUUUGUUUAUAUAUCAGUUUAUGUUAUUAAAUAAUUAUUGGUUUUGAAAAAUUAUUUCUUAAUAGGACACACCCUAUUGUCACUGUCUUACAGAUGUAAAACAUAGCAAAAACUGUAUUGCACGGGAAAGAACCAAACUACAAUCAUAACUAAGAAACAGCAUUUUCACUACAUAAAAAAAAGAACAUUGGCUGUGAAAUAUUGUUAUUAUUUUUAGAUAUCUUGACUAAAAAUAAAAUAAUUUAAAAUAAUGGAUUUUGAAACAAUUUGAAAUUGUAUAAGUGAUAUAAAAUAAAUAAAAACGUUAUUUCACAGAUAAUGUUGUCAACUAUAUUAUUUAUCAAUUUGGAGUCUUAACUACAGUCAAAUUGGUUCUAUUCCACGCUAAACAGCUUUUGCUAUGUUUUACGGUAACAACACGCGAGUGUAGUUUCCACUUAAAUGCCAAAAUAUGUUAAUUUAAGUUUAUUUAUUUGUUCAAAUGUUGAGUCUAAAUAUUGAAUACUUGUAUCUUAUUUUAAUAAUUAAAAGCAUUUUUUCACCGUA